UCUCAUUAGGUCACAGUUCUUCAACAUUGUCCCACCGUAAUGCAGCUUUGAUGCGCAGGCGUCUUACCACAACCUAGAAGCAAAACAACCGCAAAAUAUUCGGUGUGUGUAGUGACGACGAAUUUACUGCAACGCAGAUUCCAGUGCCAACGACCAUGGUUGGUUAGAAGAAAUUUAUUUUCGCACACAAAGCUCAUUUAACUUAACCAGCUGUAAGUGCGAAUUAUCGAUACACUUGAAGGGUAGCAGGAAAAAUACAUACGAAUACAACAGUCCAUUUGACUCAAUUGUACACUUGAACUUUUCACAUUCUAAACGCAUUCACUCCACAGCAACAGGAUGGGCAACAACAAGUUAUACGCAGUGAUUUUGAUUUUGGCCGCAAUGGCAAUCGAUUGGAGCGCAAGCAACCACUUGCCAACUCAUCGCCUGGACUAUCCAGAGGAUGCGUUGACGUUGAAUGAACGGUUCUUUAACGAUGUGCGGGCGCUGAUUAAGCGACGACUCAAGGAGAAUGCAGCGUUACAAGAAAUACAUAUGGAUAAUGAGAAUGGUGUUGUUGGUAUUGGCGUUGGCGUUGGCGAUGGUGGAAUUGUCGGUAGCAGCAAUAGUGGCAGUAAUAGCAAUGAAUUGCCACCGGGUUACGAACGAGCCAACGCUGGUGAAGGUGGUAAUGGCGCAAUGAAUGUGAUAACGCCACCUCCCACGGUGCCAACACCUGUGCUGGUGGAGAAUUGGCCCACCGAAAGCCACUCCUUUGGCCAGGUCGCUGCUGUGUCUAUUGAUCCGCACGGUAAUCCGGUCAUCUUUCAUCGCGCCGAUAGAUAUUGGGAUGCAAACACAUUUAAUGACAGCAACAUUUUCUAUCUGAUCGAAUAUGGUCCUAUAAAGGAGAAGACCAUAUACAUUUUGGAUCCCAAAACUGGUGCCAUCAAAUCUGGUUGGGGUGAGGAGAUGUUCUACAUGCCACAUGGCCUAACUAUUGAUAUACAUGGAAAUUAUUGGAUAACGGAUGUGGCAAUGCAUCAGGCAUUUAAGUUCAAACCAUUUGAAACGCAACCCCUACUAACUGUGGGAAAACGAUUCAAACCUGGCUCAUCCAUUAAUCAUCUCUGCAAGCCCACUUCCGUUGCGGUAGCCACAACAGGCGAGUUCUUCAUUGCCGACGGCUACUGUAAUAGUCGCAUAUUGAAAUUUAACGCUGCUGGACGCAUUUUACGCACAAUACCACAACCGCCGGAAUUCCUCUCACUACAAGUCCCACAUGGCAUCACACUACUGGAACACUUAGACCUCCUAUGUAUUGCCGAUCGUGAAAAUAUGCGUGUGGUUUGUCCAAAAGCGGGCUUGAAGUCGUCACGAGGUGAGGGUCAGCCGGCCGCCACCAUACAGGAACCCGAUUUGGGGCGUGUCUUUGGCGUUGCUGCAUACGGUGAUAUAGUGUAUGCCGUUAAUGGACCAACAUCAAUGUUACCCGUACGUGGUUUCACCAUAGAUCCACGUUCUGAGACGAUCAUUGGCCAUUGGGGUGAAUUCAAAAAUCCACAUUCGAUUGCAGUGUGUGUUAACGGUUCGGCAUUGUAUGUAACUGAGAUUGGUACAAAUCAUCAGACCAAUAAAGUGUGGAAAUAUGUAUUGGUUUAAAGGACAAGGAGAGUGAAUGCAGCAGUGUGGCAUAGGUGCUGUGGUGGUUUACGAAGUGUUAAAAUAUUCAUAAAUGAAAAAUAAUAAUAAAAGUAAAAAAAUAAAAAUAAUAAACACAAAUAUUAUCAUGUUUAAAAACCAUACAAAGCAACAAU